CCCUUUCACCAAGCGCGGAACGGAAUCCAAACCCAGCCUGGGCUCGGUGCAAGUUUUGGCGCUCUCACGCCACUCGUGCACAUCAGCAACAAUAGGCUGUUCGUAUGGCUUUAUUCUCCUAACUGCAAUCACCAGCAGCACCAAAGCGUUCUUAAUCACGCGCCCAUGGCGGCACCCGCCGCGCUUUCGCCCGUCGCGUCGCCUGCGUGGCGGCGGCUGCUGCAGUCGUCCAUCGACGCGCACGCGCACAUCCCCGCCGCGUCCUUCGUGCAACUCGCCACAGUGCGGCCCAACGGCACGCCAGCCAACCGCUCUCUAGUCUUCAGAGGCUUCCUGGAAGAUUCCGACAGUCUCAUAUUCUACACUGAUGGGCGCAGCAGCAAGGUCAAGGAAAUCGAGGCUUUCCCCCAAGCAGAGCUCUGCUGGUACUUCUGCGAUUCAUGGGAGCAGUUCCGCAUCGCUGGCACCAUCUCCACCGUUCAUGCACACUCGCCCAACCCUUCACUCGUCAAUCUGCGGCGGGCGGCAUGGCAGCCGCUGACAGCGCAGCAGCGGUGGCAGUACUGCAGAGGGUACCCCGGUACGCCCUGGGAGGAGAGCUGCGAGGGGGAGGCAGAGGCAAAGGGCCGGCCGGAGGGGCACGAGUCGUCGCUGGCAGCGAUGGCGCUGCUGACAGAGCCACAGGCGCAAGAGGGCAGUGGGGGGAGCAGCACGGAUAAGGCUGAGGGUGCAGCAGAGGGUGUUGAGUCGGUUGAGCCGGUGGAGGGCUUCUGCCUGCUGCUGCUGGACCCCCAUGAGGUGGACUAUGUGCAUGUGCGAACACCCUCUAGGUACCGACACACGAAGCACGUGGCAGAGGCGGGGAAAGAGGCAGGUGCAGCAGGGAAGGGAGCUGAGUGGACUACCAUGCGCAUCCACCUCUAGGCACUCACUGCGACUGUGGACUGCCAUGCCACUUGAUGGCCACGUUUAAAUUGAAGGCCUGUAGGACCCUUGCGCGACAGCUCUCCAGAUUCUUUGGACAAGUACUGCUGCUGUUAGAGAGCUGUUUGGUGCAUGCAGCUUCUAGACAGUAGCCUAUAUGCUUGCAUUGCUGACAAUGACAGGACAUUCUCUUCCUAACUGAUACCUUGAUCGUCCUUCAGGAAAAGAGUAGCGAGAUGAGGUGUUCGACGCAAUUAUCGUCAUAGCAAUCUGUCGAAGGAUGAGACAUUGCCUGUAACUUGUGUUGUGAUAUGAUUCAUGC